CCUGUCCCCCUCGGGGGUCGGCGGGGUGCGGGUCCGGGCGCUCGGUGCACUAUUCCCAGCGGCGUUCCCGGUACCAUUCCCGGCGGCACUUCUUGCCGCCAUGGAGCUCGCCUGUCAGGCGCUGAGAACCACCCACCAGGCGAGGGAAGCGGAGGAGAUGCGAACAGAAGCUCGUCGGAAAAAUCUCCUCAUUCUAAUUUUGCAUUAUUUAAUGGAGGAAGGAUAUGUUGAUGCUGCAAAUGCUUUGGAACAAGAGACAAAAUUAGGUUUACGUGGCUUUGAAGUUUGUGACAACAUUGAUCUUGAGACAAUUUUGAUGGAAUAUGAAAGCUACUAUUUUGUAAAAUUUCAAAAGUAUCCUAAAAUUACCAAAAAGAUCCUGGACACUGCAGAAAAUAAACAACAGCUGAGAAGUGGAGGAAGAGCAAGAAGGACAGCAGCUUCUUCUCAGAAUGUACCAAGGGUCAAACAACAGACAGUGAGACGAUCCGCAUCAAAAACUGCAGCUGGGAGUACAGCAGAACCUAAAUCCUCCACCAAGGAGAGCCCCAGACAGGAUAAUGAUGGUGCAGAUACUCUGGAUCAAUCUGAUUUUGGCUUAAGCAUCUCAGGAAUCAGCAAAACUGGAGGAGACAGCUCUCGCCCAAGAAAGGGCCAAAUAAUUGACUUCCGCAAGAUGAUUCGGGAUGCUGUCAGAGUGCCACCAGAUGGAAUUCCCUUGAACAGCCUUAAUUGUGAUCCAGAUCCAUCAGAACGAUUAUUGAAACCUCUUAGUGCUUUUACUGGCAUGACUGGUGAGAUGAGAGAACUUGCAGUGGUUGUAAGCAAAGACAUUUAUCUCCAUAAGCCAAACGUGAAGUGGGAUGAUAUUAUAGGACUGGAUGCAGCUAAAAGGCUGGUCAAGGAAGCAGUUGUUUACCCCAUAAAGUAUCCAGAGCUGUUUACAGGCAUUCUGUCCCCUUGGAAAGGAUUAUUGCUCUAUGGACCACCAGGUACUGGAAAAACUUUGCUUGCUAAGGCUGUUGCCACAGAAUGCAAUACAACCUUUUUCAACAUAUCAGCAUCCACCAUUGUCAGCAAAUGGAGAGGUGAUUCAGAGAAACUUGUCCGGGUGCUGUUUGAGCUCGCCCGGUACCACGCUCCUUCCACAAUUUUCCUGGAUGAGCUGGAGUCAGUUAUGAGCCAGAGAGGCACUGUUCCUGGUGGUGAACAUGAAGGAAGUCGGCGGAUGAAAACAGAAUUACUGGUGCAGAUGGAUGGCUUGGCCCGAUCUGAUGAUCUCGUAUUUGUUUUAGCAGCUUCCAAUCUGCCAUGCUACAGGCGAGGGUCAUGCUGUCAAAGCCACGUCUCUACGCCGAGAGGCGCUGAGACGCUCCCUGUUGUCCUGUGCUUGCAGGGAGCUGGACUCUGCCAUGCUGCGGCGGCUGGAGAAGAGGAUCCUGGUGGACCUGCCGAGCGAGGAGGCACGGCGGGUGAUGAUCCAGCACUGGCUGCCCCCUGUGAGCAACAGCAGCGGGGUGAAGCUGCGGACGGAUCUGGACUACAGCCUGCUGAGCCAGGAAACAAAUGGAUACUCUGGCUCAGACAUAAAACUCGUGUGCAAGGAGGCAGCCAUGAGACCAGUGAGGAAAAUUUUCGAUGCACUUGAAAAUCAUCAGCCAGGUACCUCAGCUCUGAGCAGAGUCUGACCUGUGAAAUGCUGAUUUCCUGCUGUAACUCUUAGAACGAACAUUCUAACUCCAGCAGGUGGAGCUCUGAUAUCUGCCUGGGAAAGUUUUAAAAUCUACAGUUCCAAACCCUGUUAAAUUUCUAAAAAUCAGGGCUUCUUUUAAAACUGUCAUUAUCUGUGCUCUCAGCAUAAAUGCAAUUUUUAAUUUAUCUCACUACAUUUAGUCUGUUGUUUUCCUACAUUAAGUGUUGGACUAGGCAUGGACAUAAAAGAGUAUCUUUUGGUAACAGUAACAGAAUUUAUUCAAUUCUCUUGUCUUUAGGUAACGGUAACGUGCCCAUGAUCCAGCUGGACACAAUCACCACUGCCGAUUUCUUGGAUGUGAUCACCCACACCAAGCCAUCAGCAAAGAAUCUGAGCCAGAAGUACAUGGCUUGGCAGAGAGAAUUUGAGUCUGUCUGA